AUGUGGCUUAUUGACACCGAUAGCCUCAAACUCGUAGAAGUGCAGGGCGACCCCCAGGAGGAGUACGCGAUCUUGUCUCACACCUGGGGCAGCGACGAAGUCACGUUCCAAAGCUUCCAAGCGCUCGGCUUGGCCUCGGACACGGCACCCGGUCCGGGGUCGGGCUCCGCGGAGGCGGCCGACCAGAUCCGCUCCACCAACGGCUUCCGCAAGAUACGAGAUGCAGCCAAUCUGGCCAAGAGCCAUCGCCACCGCUACCUCUGGGCCGACACCUGCUGCAUCGACAAGACUAGCAGCGCCGAGUUGUCGGAGUCCAUCAACUCCAUGUACCGUUGGUACGAAAAGGCAGCCAUUUGUUACGCGUUCCUCUCCGACGUGGAGCCAGUUUCCGUGCAGAGCCCGUUUGCCAAGGAUUCGAGUUUCCAGAAUAGUCGGUGGUUUACCCGAGGAUGGACGUUGCAGGAGCUCAUUGCGCCAAAGACUGUUGAGUUCUACGCCGGGGACUGGUCUUAUAUCAACACAAAGCAGUCGAGAAAUGUCUUUUGCCAGCUGCUUGCCAGGAUUACUGGCAUUGACGAGCAGGUGCUCUCUGGUACAUCAUUUCUCAGCGACAUCAGUGUCGCGAAUAAGAUGCGAUGGGCAGGGCAUCGACAGACGACGCGACCGGAAGACAAAGCAUACUGCCUGAUAGGAUUGUUCAAGGUAAACAUGCCCUUGCUCUACGGUGAAGGUGACCGCGCUUUCACGCGUCUGCAAGAAGAGAUCCUCAAAGAGAGCGAUGACCAGUCCUUGUUUCUCUGGGGGCUGCCAGAGGACGUUCAACCCUCGGAUGACCUCUUCGGCCUGCUUGCAAGUUCACCAAGCUCAUUCUCAAUGGUCGGCUUUGACCAUGUGCGACCUCUACCUCCUUCAGAAUCCCAGGAUAGUGCGCCAACCAGUGUCACUAAUCAAGGGCUCCGAACGAAUAUCCUCCUCAUCCCCCGACAGCCGGAUGGAGAUGAGUACUACGCUCUUUUGGAUUGCAUAGUCUCCAAGGCCGACUCUGCCAGCGAGGAGAUGAGCCCUUGCAUCAUUCUACAACGACUUUGGAGUGACCAGUUUGCAAGAGUUGCCUCUGAAGAGGGCUCUGUCAUCUUGUUUCCUUUGGAUCAUUUCGAUGACGCUGAGGGGACGUACGAGAACAUCUACGUAAAGGAAAACCCAUUCUACGCACUCCCUGAACUCAGUGUGAAAACAAAGCUUCGGCCCAACUCAAAGGAUGCUGUUUCACAUCUUGCCUUCACCAUUCACGAAGCAUAUCCGCCGGAAAGAUGGGACACCACACUAUCCGUGAUACGGACUAAAGAGCCGCACUCGAACCGCGCGAUGGUCGUUUUGCGCUUGAUGUCACUUGAUCAAAGCCAGCGAUCAGUCGUAGAUGUUGCCAUUGGGCUCCGUCGGGUCAGGAGACGGUGGGAAGUGUGCUACGAGAAGCAUCCUUACACUGGCAACAGUCUCGAGUCCGUCUACCUGGAGUUUUCUGAAAUUGCUACUACAUCAGAUGGCCCUGCAUCGUACCAAAACUCAAAAGGCUUGGGUUUCAUCACCAUCGACGCCAAAGAGUCUCAAAGAAGAGGCCGUCGAUUUAUUCAGCUAGAAGUUUCCGGUACUUCGGAACUUCUCUUUGCACCAAGUGACGAGGGUGUUCUGUCAAGUACGCCUAGGCGAACUCCAGAGCCGCAAGAGCCUGUCGUACUGUUUGACGAGGUCGGCGCAGUUACGCGUUGCUGUUGCUAUCAAGAUAGGUUCACCCUUAUGCUGGCACCGACACUUCCCAUACCCGAGGGAGUGAGGACAAAGACGGCAGUCAACAUUGCCAUUCGAUUUGGAAAUGAACUUCACGCCGUCAAGAUUGAGCAAAGUAAGCCAUACGCCGAUUUGAUUCGGGCCGUUCGCGCGCGAAGUGAUAGGGAUCUCCAGUCUCUUGCAAGGCAACGAAGAGGUCUUCUUGAGCUGCGGACAGAAGAGUUUGACGACUUCAGAGCCAUUCACUGGGCCGCAACUCUUGGUUCGCUAUCCAUGCUCAAGACGUUGUUGAAGCUAGGUGCGAAUACCAUGAGUCAAACCAGAAGCGGCUUUAUGGCUGUUCAUCUUGCUGUACUCAAUGGGCACUUUAACCUCGCUGCAUAUCUUCUGGAAGAAGAGAGAGAGUCAAAUCUAAAGAAAAGACCCGACAUUCUGCAGGGUAUUACAACCGAGGUCUUGCAAGCUGAAGCCGAGAUCGCGUUUUACUCUGGAACCGACCCCGACAUUCUGCACAAGUUCACGACAAAAAGACUCGAGACCAUUCUCCAUCUCUUCUCUGCAUAUGCGCCUGCCGGACUGGCAAAUCACAGGAUACGGAAGAUUAUUGAUUUGAUCAAAGAGGACUUCCUCGGCUCGCACUCGUUCCCACACAUCAACGACCUAGGCGAGCUUCCGCUGCAUCGGGCGGCAGCCACCGGCAACAUGCAGGCGGUAGACGCACUGACCAAGAUGAUGGGCACAACUAAACACAUCGACGCCAGAGACAAUGCCGGACGAUCAGUUCUCUUCCACGCAGCCUGCGGGGGCAGCAAAGAAGUCAUUCGUGGCCUGGCCGACUUGGGUGCCUCGAUAGACGUUGGAGAUGACUACGGCCGCAGCCCGUUACAUGCCGCCGUCAUGGCCGAUCAACCACCAGCCGCCAACGCGCUUCUCAAGUUGGGGGCGAAAGCGGACAACGUCACCCAUGCACUCGGUUUGACCCCCUUGCAUUUCGCAUGUCUUUAUGGGUCUAUCGGCUGCACUUACGAGCUCUUGAAGAGCGACGGGUCUGGACCGGCGGACUUGAACCGAUGGUCGAGCGGCGAGUAUGCCUUUUUCCAACCGAUCCAUCUAGCUGUUGCCAAUGAUCAUGUUGAGAUUGUGACUCGGCUUGUGAUGCUAGGAUGCGACUUAGAAGGCCGCUGCAACGGUUAUCUGAAGCUUGAGAAAACCGAUGGUCCCGACGGACGAAUAGGCAGAUUGGUGAGAUUAGAAUCACCAUUGACGGCUCUUGAUCUGGCCAUUGUUCUUGGUAAGAAGGAUAUGCUGCCAGAGCUACAGCAAACCAACGCAGCUCGACGGCACGAAUAG